UUGUUUUGUAUUUGCCAAACUUGUCUAUAUAAACUCUAGGAUUUUAUUAUCCAUGCACCAAGCAAAUAUCAAUAGCAAAAGCAUAUGAAUUGUACCUCUCUUGAAGACAUGAAAUCACUUUUUGCUCUCAUCCUCCUCAUUUCACUUGCCUUGUAUGCUAGCAGCACAAAUGCAAGAAGAGACCCUGGAGAAUAUUGGAAUAUUGUGAUGAAAAAUGAACCCAUGCCUAUAGCAAUCAAGCAUCUUAUGCCUCAGUAUGACGUUCCUCCCGAGCCAAGGCCAACUGUAACUUCUUACCGUGAUGAUGAAGCCAGUCUUAAAGGAGAAAAGUCUUUUGAACCAAGGCCGAGUGCAACUGCUUACCAUCAUGAUGAUGUUGGUCUCAAACAACAAAAAUCAUCAUUUACUAAAGAUUUUGUACCAAGGCCAACUGCAACUUCUUAUCGUGAUGAUGAAGUCGGUCUUAAAGGAGAAAAGUCUUUUGAACCAAGGCCGAGUGCAACUGCUUACCAUCAUGAUGAUGUUGGUCUCAAACAACAAAAAUCAUCAUUUACUAAAGAUUUUGAACCAAGGCCAACUGUAACUUCUUAUCGUGAUGAUGAAGUCGGUCUUAAAGGAGAAAAGUUUUUUGAACCAAGGCCGAGUGCAACUGCUUACCAUCAUGAUGAUGUUGGUCUCAAACAAGAAAAAUCAUCAUUUACUAAAGAUUUUGAACCAAGGCCAACUGUAACUUCUUACCGUGAUGAUGAAGUCAGUCUUAAAGGAGAAAAGUCUUUUGAACCAAAGCCAAAUAUUAGUGUGUACAAUGAGUGA